GGGGUGAGCCCUCCUCAGAGGAACUGGAAAGGGAUUGCCAUCGCUUUGCUGGUCAUCCUGGUGGUCUGCUCCCUCAUCACCAUGUCUGUUAUCCUACUCACACCAGUUGACACCCAAGCUGGAAGCGACACCAAACUGACUGUGGAGGAUCUGUUUAAACCUGAGUUCAAGGCCCAUGACCCGGAGGCCAAAUGGAUUAAUGACUCUGAAGUCAUCUACAGAAACAGUGACGGCCAUGUCAUCAAGUUCAACAUCCUUACAAAUGAAACGGAGAUUGUCCUGACAAACACAACAUUUAUAAAUUUCAAUGUGGCCAAGUAUUCUGUCUCCCCUGAUAUGAAAUAUGUACUCUUCGCAUAUGAUGUGAAACAGGUUUACCGCCACUCCUACAUGGCCUCCUACAGCAUCUACAAUAUUCACACACGGGAGGUUUGGGAACUGGACCCUCCUGAGGUGGUAAACUCAGUCCUGCAGUACGCUGCCUGGGGAGUGCAAGGGCAACAACUGAUCUACAUAUUUGAAAAUAACAUCUACUACCAAUCCGAUGUCAAGAGUAACUCCCUUAGGCUGACGUCCUCAGGAAAGGAAGGGGUCAUCUUCAAUGGGAUUGCUGACUGGCUUUAUGAAGAGGAGAUCCUUCAGACCCAUGUGGCACACUGGUGGUCACCUGACGGGGAGAGGUUGGCCUUCCUGAUGCUUAAUGACAGUCUGGUGCCCAACAUGGCUUUACCUCGUUUCACCGGCAUGACAUACCCCAAAGGAAAGCAAUAUCCAUAUCCCAAGGCUGGCCAACCCAACCCGGCGGUGAGGCUCUAUGUAGUCAAUCUUUACGGGCCAACGCACACGCUGGAGCUCAUGCCUCCCGAGACUCUCAAACUACGGGAACAUUAUGUGACCAUGGUGAAGUGGAUCAGCAAGACCAAGACAUCUGUCAGGUGGUUGAACCGGGCCCAGAACAUCUCCAUCCUGACUGUGUGCGACACCACCACCGGAGCCUGCGUCACGAGACAUGAAGAAAGCUCUGAGCUCUGGCUUUCCAAGCAGAACCAAGAACCCGUUUUCUCCAAAGAUGGCAGCAGAUUCUUCCUGACUGUCCCAGUGAAACAAGGAGGGCGUGGAGAGUUUCACCACAUCGCCAUGUUCACUACACAGUUCAGAGCAGAUCAAAAUGAAGUCCGACAUCUGACAUCAGGAAACUGGGAGGUGACCAGGAUCAUUUCCUAUGAUGAGAACACUGACAACCUUUAUUUUCUCAGCACGGAGGGUUCACCACGAAGGCGGCAACUUUUCAGUGUUAAAACUGUAGGUCUGUUCCCACGACGGUGUUUGACAUGUGAGCUAAAUAAAGCGCACUGUCUGUACUUCGAUGCUGACAUCAGCCCCACAAACCAGCACAUCAUCCUCCACUGUAAAGGUCCUGGAGCACCAACUGUGAUCUUACACAGCCUCAAUAAUUCAAAUUACUACAUCCUUGAGAACAACUCUUUGCUAAAGGCAGCCUUGAAGUACAAAAGGAUCCAGCUGAUGGACUUCAGGACUGUACCGAUGGAACAUUUUGAUUUACCUUUGAAGAUCUCCUACCCACCAGACUUCUCUGAUUCCCGUCACUAUGGACUACUGCUGCUGGUUGACAGUGCCCCUGGUGGUCAGGCUGUGAGUGACCGCUUCUCUCUCAGCUGGGACUCUGUGCUGGUCAGCUCAGACAGCGUCAUCGUUGCUCGUCUAGACGGCCGGGGCAGCGGCUUCCAGGGUCAGAGGAUCCUGCACGAGGUUCACCAGAGACUGGGAACUGUUGAUGUUCAGGACCAGAUUGCAGCAGUAGAAUACAUGAUGAAAUUUCCAUAUAUUGAUCGGACACGGAUAGCGGUGUUUGGAAAGGGUUAUGGAGCGUACAUUACGUUAAUGAUGCUUAAGUCUACUGACAGCCUCUUCAAAUGUGCUUGUGCAAUGUCACCAGUGACAGACUGGAAACUCUAUGCAUCAGCGUUCUCUGAGAGAUACCUUGGCAUGCCAUUACGGGAUGACAGCAGAUAUCAGUUUUCCAGUGUGCUGCAGAACGUUCAAGCACUUAGGGAGCAGACACUGAUGCUGGUGCACGGCACAGCGGAUGCCAACAUCCACUUUCAGCAUACUGCUGAGCUCGUCAAGAACCUUGUGAAAGUUGGAGCAAACUACUCAAUGCAGAUCUACCCAGACGAGGGCCAUUUCCUGUCUCAACAGAGUCGCCAGCACCUCUAUGCCACACUGACCAGCUUCUACAGGGAGUGUCUGAAGGAGGAAUUACUACCGCUGCCUGAUGAGGAAGAGGAGGAGGAGGAGUAGGCAGGAGGCUUCGAGGGUCAGACCUUUGGCAGAGCUUGAAGAAUUUAGCUAAAAUCCGUCAAGGCCUUUCGUGUUUUGGACCAAGUGUUUCGCCGGACAUGGAGACUGGGUUAGAGCUGUCAAAGCUCUAAAAGUGUGUGUGUGUGUGCCUGUGUGUGUGUGUAUGUGAGCACUCCAGUGUUUGACUGUGUAUGCCGGUGUAUAAAUGUGUUGAAAAGAUAACUGAAGGACACGACAGUGACACUUGCAUUGCUGGGACUUGAGACGGGAACUGCCCUCUAGCAUAAAGUCAUUUCAGUUUCGGGACGCUCCGUUUCUCGUCAAAGCGCACGGAAGACUGCCUCCAUCUUUUGCAGGCUCUCUGGGCUGUAGUCAUCCACACUUACCAAGUGCAUGGUUCUUUUUGUCCUCUCGGCUUCACUCAUUUUGCCAUGUUAGUCUCCUUUGUGGUAGCACUUGGGAAGAAAAGAACACAGAUGUACACUUUUGAUCUCACCUCUCCUUUGGUUGUUGUAUUGUUGCACAAGGAAAUGCUCCAGCCAUCUGCGAAAUGUUAAGUCACGCAACUUCACCACAACAGAGCCGAUCCUGAAUAAGUGCUAUUUCCUGCUGAAAACCCUCCGCCAUUGCCCACCCUAAAUGAAAACAGUCUUUAUAGGUCACACUUUAUUGUACAGGGGUCUUGUGUAGACAUGUACAAUGCCUUAUAAGGUUCAACAUACUGUAAUAUUACUUGCUGGCAGUGGUAGUCAUCCUUUAGCAGUGUCAUGUUAACCUAUGUCAACUCAGGUCCUCGAGACACAGCAUUGCAGUCAGUUUAGUAUCUGAAACACUUACAACACUAUGUCAGCUGUAUGGUCAUGAAUAAGUUAUGAAUUAUAUGUUAAGAUAAUGGAUAAUGACCAUGCAGUAAUUUCAGUUUCAGGCCACGCUGCUAAAGUUCUCCAUCUUAAUAUGUCAUUUGUUUUCUUAAAAUCGUACUUUUCUUAAAACAAGUGGUGCGCACGUCUCCACCCGAUUCAAGAACCUUGUUGAAGUCAAGAGACAUUUUCCCUAUUCCUGGAUAUUCUCUUAUUUCAAGAAAUGAAUAAUUAACUACAGUGGAUAUUAAUGAAAAUGGGUGUACUAAGAUGGACAAUUUUACAGUGUCAGUAAGGUGUUUGCAUGUCUACAGGGAAUGUGUCAAGUGUUGCCACAUUUUGUACAGUACAAUACAGCAGAGUGUGUACAUAAAUAUAUUUUUGAGAUGUCAGAUCUCAUAGAUAGUUUAGUCUAUGGGGAUGGAUUGAUUUGACCUGGAUGUCUUGUACUUCUUUUUUAUUUGAUUGUUUUUCUGUUUUUCUUUCAGCUGUUGAUUUUCUUCUUAGGAUGGAUUUUGUAAUGCUUGUUCUUGUUCUUUUUGCUGUUUUA